AUGGAAUCACAAACCACCGUUCUCACGAGAGUUGAUGGCUCAGCAGACCUGGUGCACGGUGAAACGAGAGCCAUAGUAUCUGUUUCUGGGCCUAUUGAGCCCAAGGCGAGACAAGAGUUACCGGCAGCAGCAGCAUUGGAGGUGAUUGUGCGUGCUGAUGUUGGUGUAGCUGACACCAGGGAGAAGCUACUGGAGAACAAGCUACGCUCUGUGCUGUCACAGACGAUACUGACGACGUCGUAUCCAAGACAGCUGAUUCAGAUCGUCGCUCAGGUGCUGGAAAGUGGUGAAGAUGAACGAUACACGUGUAAAGAGGCUGCGUCCAUCAUCAACGGCUCCUAUUUGGCCCUGAUAGACGCAGGAGUUGCUCUCCAGUGCUCCUUCGCUGCUGAGUCCUUUGCCAUUGCUCAGGACGGUGAAGUGAUUACCAAUCCUACUCCGCUUGACCUGAGACAGUCAAAGAGCUCACAUGUUGUCUGCUAUUCGAUAAGGGAUGCUAAGGUAGACUCGCUGCUGUUCAGCGAUAGCAUUGGCUCGUUUACGGAGACACAGCUCUACAGUGUGUUGGCCAGAGGCACUGAGUCCGUGGAGGCCCAUCACAGACACUUCAGAUCCACGAUUGAGGCAAAGAUCUCGAAGGACUUCGUGUGGAAGCUACAAUAGCCACU